GGGCCCCGCUGAAGGAGGAGGAGAAGAGACACCCCCCCUCCGCCCCCCGCCAUGUCCCUCCUCUGCGUCCGCGUGAAGAAAGCGAAGCUGCAAGGGCCGCCAGACAAGUUCAAUACCUACGUGACUCUGAAGGUGCAAAACGUGAAGAGCACCACGGUGGCCGUCCGGGGGGACCAGCCCUGCUGGGAGCAAGACUUCCUCUUCGAGAUCAGCCGCCUGGACCUGGGCCUGAUUGUGGAAGUCUGGAACAAAGGGCUCAUCUGGGACACGAUGGUGGGCACCGCCUGGAUCGCGCUGAGGGCCAUCCGCCAGUCGGAGGAGGAGGGGCCGGGGGAGUGGUCCACCCUGGAGGCGGAGGUCCUGAUGAAGGGCCACGAGGUCUGCGGCACCAAGAACCCCACCCCACACAAGAUUCUGAUGGACGCCCGGUUCGAGUUGCCUUUUGACAUUCCGGAGGAAGAAGCCCGCUACUGGACCCAGAAGCUCAAGCAGAUCAACUCCCUGGACGAAGACGAGGAGGUUUCCUUCAGGGAAGACGUCGUGGGGAUCCCGCCGCUGCCCUCCGCUGCCUCCCAGUGCUCGUUGGAGGAGCGCGACCACGACAGCGCGGCGGAGGACCGGGACAGCGACUACCGCAGCGAGGAGGCCAGCGGCAGCCUCCCCCCGCGCUUCCACACCACCGCCCAGCCCAACGCCUCCGUCCACCAGUUCCCCGUCGUGGUGUCCCGGCUGCAGCAGCAGGGCGCCCCCCGGGACCCCUGCGACCUCCUCGAAAGGGCCGUCGCUGUCAGCCAAGAGCCUUUAGUUAGCCACGGAAAAAUCAGGAUCAUUCCGUUUGAGAGCGAAUUCGGCCACGAAGAGCCUGGCGAGCGCUACGAGGAGUUGGGCAAGCAGCUCAUAGAGGACUUUUUGGAAAAGAGCCACAGGACGAGGACUUGGCACGGAGCCCAAAGCCCCCCCUUUCCAAGGAGAGAGACCCCUGCCCGCCACGACAGGCCCAGGUUUCCACAGAAAGUGGGCAUCACGGAGUCGGGGCGCCCCGGGGUGCCGUGCUAUCCCGAGGAGUACGACACGAUAGACAGGAGGAGGAAAAAGAAGCUCAGGUACAACAAUUUUGAGGAGCGCCAGUUGACGGGCACCCCACAAAAUAGCCACAUCCUGAGGCUGUCUCCCACGGCGGUUUCUCCGGGGAGCAUCAAGACGAGAACAGAUCGUGGUAUGUGCCUGGGUUAUGAGGAACCCGGGAAAUACGGGAGCGCCCUCGUCGAAAGCGAGGAGCAGUUGCCGGGGUACCCCCUUUUGCGCCCGUACAAAAACGGCCUUCUGGUCAAGAGUGGGAAGCUUCCCAAGAGCAAGCAAGCUGGCCGAGACUUUGGGGAUCAAGAGUGGGCGCCUCCGGAGCCGCCGGCAAACUGCUUUCUGCCGCUGGGCGCGCUCGAGGAGUUUGACAGCAGCGCCUCGGACGAGCCCCAGUACUCCCCCGCUUCGGACGAGGAGGAGGAGGAACUGGAGGAGAUCGCGAUCCUUUCACAAGCGCUGUGCGAGUCCAACCUCCGCCGGCUGGGGGACCACACCGGGAGCGCCACGGCCCUGCUGCAAGGGGAGAAGCGCCCGCACCGGGGCCGAGCCGGGAAGCCGGGCUUCCUCAAGCAGGACCUGGCCCUCUCCCCCGUGGAGGAGCCCACCGAGGAGUACGUGGACGCCAUGGACGAGCUGCAGUGCCUGGUGGAGACCGUCUCCGAGUACCUCCAUGAGAAGGAGGAGGAGAUCAGCAAGAUCGGGACCCUCCCCAAGAGCAAGAAUGCGGAGGAGCCUGCCGCUGCCGCCAAGGCCGCUGGUCCGGAGAAGAAGGCGGACGAGGAGAGCGCUGGCGCGGAGCCGAGCAGAGCCGCCCCGUCUGCGGAGGACGGCCAGGGCACCAAAGGCAUCUCCGAGGCGCUCCCGGACUUGAGCGGGGUGAAGAGCACGGUGAACUCCUUGUUCAGCUCCUUCACGGAGAAAGUGGGCUCGGGGACAAAGCACCUCACGGCCUCCGUGGAAAAGCUGGUGUCCUCCACUCCGGAGAAACACGACGCACCCUCCGAGGGAGGCAUCGCAAGCUUGUUCUCAAGUAAACCAGAAGUGAGAGCAAGCGGCAAAGUGGAGACCACGCUCUCCGCAGCAUCUCCCUCCCUGACUCAGAACAUUAGCGAGGAGGGGGCUGGGAAGGGCCGUGGGGGCCUCCCAGCCGAGAAGGCCAAGGCGGGCGACCAGGCGCCCCUCGUCCCCGGCACCCAGCACCCCCCCGCGAGUGAGGCCCAGGCCCAGCCUCCCCCUCAGAAUGCAGCCGGCUCCGUCGUGAACUCUGUCUUCGGCAUGCUCAACCCUUUGAAAAUCUUCUCCGAAAAAGAACCACCAAACAAGGAAACCGUGAAACCGGAGGAGCCCCCGAAGGUGGAGGCGUCACACGCGGUUGCCCCUGAAGUCAAGGUGAGCGAGCAGCCUUGUGGAGACGGCCAGAGAAGGCCUACAAAUGCCUCUGCCGAAGCGGCCAAGACCGAAACGGGCCCCGCCCCAAGUAGCAGUGGCCCCGUGUCCUCCAUCUUUGGCAAAUUCUCCAGCUCCGUCAGUUCCUUCAGCCUGAGAGCCAGUUUUGAGAACCUGGCUGUUCCCAAGCAGACCCCAGACCCACCAACGUCUUCAGAGGCUCCUCUCGCUUCAAAGCAGACAGACACAACUAGGGAGCAGCUGGGUGCGGUAGGAAACCAACACCCGGCAGGGAAGGUGCCGCAGAGCAAGCCAAGCGCAGACCCCAAGGCCCCCAUUGCGCAGCCGUCGGGGGACCCACCCGAGAGCUUCUUCAGCCCCCUCAAAAAGUCAUUCAGCCAGUUGCUGCUUCCUUCCUCUGAGGCAACUCCCACCUCAAACCAGCCCGGCAGAGCAGCCAAAGAACAACUGGGCCCUCCUGGCAGCGGCACAAGGGAGGCGAGGGCUCAGCCUUUGGGGCCUUCGGGGUCUUCGGGGCCAGGCGAGCCAUCUGAGGGCUUCUUCAGCCCCCUCAAAAAGUCAUUCAGCCAGUUGCUGCUUCCUUCUUCUGAGGCACCUCCCACCUCAAACCAGCCAGGUAGACUCACCAAAGAACAACUGGGUCCUUCCGGCAGCGGCACAAGGGAGGCGAGAGCUCAGCCUUCGGGGACUUUGGGGCCAGGCGACCCCUCUGAGGGCUUCUUCAGCCCCCUGAAAAAGUCUUUCAGCCAGUUGCUGCCUUCUUCUUCUUCGGAGGUGCCCCCCACUUCAAGCCAGCCAGAGAAAACCAUGAGAGAACCACCGGGCCCUUCUAGGAAUCAGCCCCCCGUAGGGAAGGUGCCGGAGGCCAAGCCAGGUGGGGGCGCGAGGGAGGCCAGCGCUCCGCCUUCGGGGCUUUCAGGGCCAGGCGACUCCUCUGAGGGCUUCUUCAGCCCCCUGAAAAAGUCUUUCAGCCAGUUGCUGCUCCCUUCUGCUUCUGAGCCUGUGCCGAAGGAGACCCCGCUGGGUCCGGGGAAAGGUCACCAGUCGGAAGACGAUGUGCGGAGGGCGGGUGCUGCAAAUAGCGAGCCCAGUUUCCCUUUCACCGGCAAGGUCCCGUUUCUGAGCAGCCUUGGCUUUUCAGAGAAGCAGACGGAUAAUAGAGAUAAUAGAGAUAACAGAGAGAAACCUGGGCUCUUCUCUUCCAUCCUGAGAGCGGCUUCUGUUGAAAACCUUCUGGCCCCAAAAGACCAACCUGACGAACGGCACGGGAGUGUGGAGAAGGACCUCAAAAGCAGCCGCUCGGGACCUGACCCAGCGGACCCUUCAAAGUCCCUCCCGGCUCCAGAUGGGCCAACGGACAAAGAAGGGCCAAUGAGGAGGAGGAGAGAUGCUGCUGAAGAUCAUGGCCGUCAUGCGCCAGGAGGUGGACACAAAAACUGGGCGGCCUCAGAUGGAUCAAAUAUCAUCCCGAGGGAACAUCAUUACAGUCCCGUGAGUUCUCAAGGCCUGAGGGAUUCCCAACACAAGGAGUCGGUGGUGUCCGCCAUGCCAGGAGGACCUGAGUUGAAUGCCACCGCUGGGAAACCCCCUCCGUCCAGCAGAAUCCCAGAAAGCAGGACGACGGAUGACCCUCCAAAGAAGCCAGCACAGCAAGGUCUGCUCUCAGGACUUUUCCACCUUUCCCCAUCUGACCACGUGACCCACAAGGAAGACCUGUCUGUGAAACACGAGGCAGACAACCAAAAGAGCGGUCAGCAACCUGGCCUACUUUCUGGAUUAUUUAAAUUUGCGUCGAAUGAAAAUGUGUCUGAAAGCAAGCCCGAGAAGACGAAAGCAAGUCCUUUGGGCGGCAUCAUGAAAAUCUUCGAAAGGAGCGAGGAGGAGGCGAGUCCUGGAGAGAGCACUCUCGACUCCCGCGUGGCUCCCGGGGGCUCCAAAGAGCGUGGCAGCGGAAGGCAGGAAGCGCCCGGCUUCAUCCACAAUUUGUUGCACAGACCAAAAGAAAAAGUCGAGGAGUGGGCGGCUGAGGCCUCCAGGACCAACGGUCACCUGCCCAAUGCAGUGGACAAGGAGCACGCGCCUAUCUGUCGGCGGUCUGUCUCCCAAAAUGCUCUCAAUUCUCAGGAAAACAUUCAGGAUUUGUCCAGGAAGCCCACCCUUUACAGGCGAGAUACUGAGUCCAGCAUUUAUCAGAAUGCUCUCCAUGAAAGCUCCAACGAACCCCUUAAUUCCAAACUGAACGGCCCCUCGGGACAGUACCUUGCCUUUGAGGAAACCAGGAGCUGUUCCAGUUACGACUGGGAGUACGACCCGGGAGACUUCUCCGCCGUGGCCCACCAGCUCUCCCUGCCGGUCUAUUACGUCUUGAACCAGAACUGCAUCCCAGUGGCUGAAUUCCUGGACUGGUCAGGCUCUAAUGACACCGUUGUGAAUUUGUGCAAAAAAGACAGAAACGCAAACAGGGUGGACUGGAGGUCAAACGCCAAUUUUGAUGUGCAGAGCCUAGAUUUUAGUGUAAUGUCCCACGAAUCAUUUGACCAGUUCAGCUUCCAAGACGCCGGUCUGGAAGAGAGCGAGGGGUGGGACCCUCACUCUCUGAACGGGAAUCUUCUUCCUCCGUUUGACAACAGUUACGUUUUGGAAGAUACGCCCAUGGACUUAAGCUACUCAUCCGCUUGCGAUGGCAAUAUGUGGACACUGAUUGACCACGAGUCCUUGAGCACGGACGGGAGUUUUGUGUACUCCUCUUACAGCCAGGAAUACCAGGACUGGCUGAUGCUGCUUGAGCAUGGGGUCUGGUGGCCCGCCGAAAAUGGCGUUUGCGGAUACUACAUGUAUAGCGACGGCCAGUAUGUUUAUUCUCUUCUCACCGAUGCUACCGGGCAGUAUGUCUACGUAUGCACUCCGGACAGCUACACACAACCGGACUACUGGGACUAUGACUAUCCCAGGAAUGCUCUGCAAAACAUGGUCUUGGAAGAUGACACGGUGGCUGUUUGUGGCUUCAAAGUGCCUCUCGACAACGAGGACGAGUUGUUCUGGUUUGCCGAAGAGGAGCCGUUGGAUAACGAUUACGUGAACAAGCCCCUUGACCUGUCUGUGGCCUUGCAGAGGAGCGAUCAGCUCAUGCACAUGAACCUGGAGACCUUCUCCCAGAUGUUUGAGGAGUCCAUCUAUUCCCAGAGGGAGCAGCCCCUGGACUUCUCGGGGUACAAACUCCAGAAACUCCGGGUGGACUUCAGGCCCGAGAGGGAGCCAGACCGCUACGGGGAGGAGCCUCCGCUGACCCUCGACCUGCGAGUGCACUCACGGGCGGCUUCCAGCACGAGGCGGAAAGAAGAGCCGAGCCAAACCCCGGCCGUGGCCACUGUUUCCGAAAGCGCGCAGUCCAGGCGCUUCGGCUUUCAUAUCUUCCAGUCGUCUGCUAAGCCCGAGCCUCCAGUGGCUCCUCGGAGUGCAGCAGAAGUGAAGACCACCGAAGAAGAGAAGAAGCCACCGGUGAACAAGGUCGCCUCUUUAUUUUCCACUUUGGGAGGCCUGAUUGGGAAAGGCUCCGAUGGGCCCGAGUCACUGGAAGAAUCAUCUGAGAAGAAAGCCGUUGCUCCCUCGGUGUCAUUGGACCACAAAAACGAGGCCCUUUCCGUGAUGCCACCCAGGAAAACAGGGGAGGACACGCAGCGCCGUCCGCCGGCUUCUGCUGAGCGUGAGGCAGAGGUCAAAAGCCCAGCCAGGCCUGCCAAACAAGACUCGGUCAAACAUGCCGUGCCAGAGCCACCUGGGAGCGCCCAGCAGAAGAGGGCCCCCUUGGCCAGGUCUCCCUCCCAGUUUGGCAUGGGCCCCACAGACAGCAAGCCCCGUCGCUCGGAGGAGGGCCCGAAGCCGGCUCCCCCCACAAGUCCGCAGGCACCGAAAGUGGCCGCGAAGGAGCCCCAGAAGACUCAGCCGGCCGCGGGGCAGGCGUCCACGGAGGGCGAGGGCACCUUCUUCAAGAGCGCUCUGAAGAUCUUCAGCCUGGGAGAAGAUGCGCCCACUGCUGCUCCCCCCAAUAAAAGCCAGGCUCCUGGGUUCUUCGACUUCUUCCAAACGCAAGUCAGCAAGGCGCCACCGCCCUCACCCACACCGCCCCCAAGUCAGGUCAGAAAAGAGCCUGAGAAGAAGCCGCUGGAGAAGACGGAGCCAGCGGGCAUCUCGUCGUUCUUUGGCUCCAUAGGAGAUCUCUUCAGAGCAGAUGCAGCCCCUUCCCCUCCAAGCACCACGGUCCCAGCAAAGAGCGGGAGCCAGAGCUCGUUGGCGACAAAGGAGAAGGUGGAUCCGCGUGGGGUGGGCCCACCGAGGAGCAAUGCCGCUACCACCGCUGCACCGGUCCCUCCAGGGCAAGCUGGCGUGGAAGUGGCCAAGAAGCCCGUUAGCCAUCACGAAGAGCCUCACAGGCAGGUUGGGAAGGAAGUGCCAGAACCCAAGGUCAUUCCUGCGGGAACCGUAGAGCAGAGGCCUGUCAUGGCGGCGGACCAGGUGCUCCCCAUGGCUGGGAACCAGAAGCCACCCAUUCAUGUGGGUCCUGGAGUGGGCCAACCCAGCCAGCCACCAGUGACACGGCACGGACCUGUAUCAUCACCAGGGCAGCAGCAGCAGCAGCGGGACCUCCGAGCAGGAACCGGGCCCAGCCAGGCCCAGCCAAGGCAGCCCCCUCAGCAGCCGCAGCCACAGCCGCCGCCCAAGGAGUCCGGGUUUAGCUUGCCGUUUGGCUUCUCGAUGCCCAAGCCACCGCAGCCAGCAACCCAGCCGCAGCAGCAGCAGCAGCAGCCUCCGGGCCCCAGGAGCCUCUUCUCCUUCUUCUCGGGCCCAGAGAAACCCACCGCCCAGCCUCCGGUGGCCCCCCAGGCCAAGCCCCCAGAAACCGAAGGCCUGUUCAAGAUGCCCUCCUUUCUCUCAGGGGGUGCCACUGAAAGAAAGAACGUGCCCCAGAGCAGCUCCAGCUUCAGCUUCUUCAACCUGACCUCCUUCUUGGAUGAAAAGCCGCCACCCCCUGCCCCCGAAAAGGGGGGCCUUGCCAGGCCUCAGCCCCAGCCGGCAAGCAACCUUGCAAAGCCACCUAUGCAGCAAGCCAACGCAAAGCCCUCCAUGAAGCAGUGUGUUUCCGUGGACUCAGGUAUUGGCACGGCCAGCCGGCAGAACCUGGAGAAGCAAGGGGCGGCAGCGGCUGGCAUUAUCGACGCCGUCCUCGGUAAGCAGGAAGCUGUCGGCUCGAAGAGUAAGCCGAAUGACGUGGAGGCCUCUGUAGCCACACAUGUGGCUGAAGGUGGUUCUGUCUCUGGGUUGGCAGGGGAACAGGACUUGGAGAAAUUUGGGGAAGUCCCUGGACAGCAGGAGGUUCUUGGCUUGGAGAGGAAAGCAGAGGCACCAAGUGCUCCUGCCACCGAAGGCGAAGCGAAAGCAAGAAGUGAGGUGGAAAUGCUGUCCGUGGCCAGUCAGCCUCUGGAGGAUGAGAGAAAGAGUGAGGACGGCCCAUCGUAUCCUGAUCCUAGCCAUCAAGUUGGUAUGCCGGAGGAGGACAGCACGCGCUUCCCUCUGGAGACCCCCAAACCCGCAGGAGGGCUGGAGGAGGGCGGAGGGGAGAGCGACAUCGGUGAGAGGGCCGUUGCGCCCUGCGUGCGGGAUGACAUUUCUGGGAUCCCAGAGCCCAGUUCGGAUGCUGACAGGACGUCAGUGGAUGUCACGGCCCCCACUGCUGCUGCUGAUGCUCCUGAAGACACAACACAACAGAUGGGGGCGGAAGGGAAGCCCCAGGAGCCCGGCGUGAGCCUCGCUGAUGCCAAGCCAGUGGGGAGCAGCCCCUCUUUGAAGGAUGGGGCCCAAGAGGCCCAGGGCCAGAAACCUUUCCCCCAAAUGCCAGCAGUGCCUCCUCACGCGCAGGAGAAGCCCAAAGAGCCCGAGAGUGAGAAAUCCGUCCUGGAUAGCUCCGUUGAAAUGUUCUCCAGUUUCAUGACCAAAAUGCAGCCCACCAAAACCUUGUCUGGCUUCUUCUCCCAGGCCCCAGCCCCGGCCCCUGCAGUGCCGGGGCCACAAAAGAAGAGCGCGUCCUUCUUUGGCUUUUCCUCCCUCCCCAGCGGCCCUUCUCCAUCCCUGACCGGCGACUUCUUUGGCAUCUUCAAAGGGGCCGCAGCAGAGGAGACCCCGGCAAAGGCCUCGAAACCUCAGGAUGGCGGUCCCAGAGCCAGGGGGGCCGCAAGCCCUGGUCCUGGCAAAGGAGCCCCCAAACCCGACCAGGCACCUAAAGCAGAACCGUCAGAGAUAAAGGCACCGAAUGUCCCGAAACAACACGAUGAAAUGCCCAGAGGAGAAGCCACAGAUGUCCCCAAAGAAGCAGGAGCCUUGGUCUUGCCCGAGGAUAACACGGCAAUAGACGGUUCUGCUAAAAUGGACGCUAAAGCAAGUGACGCAUCCGAGAAAGUCCAAGAGCCCCCACCAGAUGCCUCAGAAACACAAGUCCCUGGAAAGGAUCAGGGCCCUGAAGUGGAACAACUGGGUGCCGAUGUGGUGGCUUCAGAUCAAACAAGGCCUGUUGAGUUGUGUAGUUCAGCUGACACAGAAACGGCUGCGAUGCCGGAGUCAACGGAGGGAGGUCUGGAGACUUUGGGAGGAGGAUCUCUUCCAUCUGCAGAAGAGUCCUCUGUCCCGGAACAAGAGGCUAGCGUUGCCCAGGUGGAGAUGGAGGAAACCCAGAAGCUGGAACCUGAAGUUGGCAAGCAGGACAGAGGUGGGACCGAGGAUGCCUCAUCAGUUGGUCCACCAACUGGAGAAGAAGCCAUAAGCAGUGAGGAGGUACUUGCUGAUGUUCUCCAACCAGAGACAUUGGGAUCCUUGGAAAGGGAGUCAAAAACUUCUGGAAGCGAAGGCCACGAUUUGCUCCACAAGGACCUGGGUGUUGCAACCAAAGAACGUCCCUCUGAAUCUCUUCCCGUAAAAAGUAGCGUAGAGCAGACUAAGCCUGCUAGCGUUUCCACAGACGGCACCAGUGCCAGCUCCAGGCCCGUCUUUGAAAUCCCAAGCAUGCCCACUUUGCCGAAAUUCGGCUUCAUGUCUUCAGCUGAGAGUACCAAGACCUUUGGCUCCUUCUUCUCCUCUCAGCCGCCUUCUGCAGGCAAAAACACAGCUGAGCCACAGAGCCUCGUGUCCAGCUUCAACAAGUUCUCCUCCUCUCUCUUUGGGGGAGGAGCGGGCGAGGAGAAGGCCCCCGCCCCCGAAAGCGCCCAGGGGUCCUCCGUCUUUGGGAAGAAGCUGGACUUCUCCCUUCCCUGGCAGAAGGAGGCCAAGGAGGCCGGCGUCAAGAGGGAUGCCGAGGCACUGCUCAAGCCGGCGGCCUCCAAGCAAGACGUCCCCUCCUCACCUGCCGUGCCCAAGCCGGAGUCCCAGGAGCCACAUGCAGCCCCCAAAGAGGCGGAGCAAGUGCUGGAUACAAUCGGGAUGGUGCCGGGUCUAGAUGUUCCUCCCACAGCUGGACAGCUUCCCGUGGAGCCUGACCACGUGACUAAGGAUGCUCCAGAAGAAGGUCCAGCGCAUCUGGCUUCCGUUAAACCCAGCCAAGAGGCAGAGACGGAAAUGGCCAAAGAACCGAAUGAAGAGCUGGACGCCGUCCCCACCGAGACCCCAGAGCCUUCCUUGGGAGAACCAGGAGAAAGCGUGGAACGUGUCCAGGAUCAAGCGGAGCAGAAGGAAGGCCUUCCUGGUCCGGAAACGGGGGCCCUCGCCCCGGAAUUGCCACCGCCGGGUGCAGAGGGGACCCCGGAGCCGCCCAAGAAGAGAAGUCCGGCCGGGAGCAGCCGGUUCGGCUCUUCCUGCAACAUUAGUCGGGGCAGCUCCCAGCUGAGCGACUUGGACCUUCUCCAGGGGAGCGCCCCCGGGUCCGAGCCGGAGGAAGAGCCCCCCGAAGGGCCCCCCGCCUCCCCCCUCCUGGAGGACGACGACGAGCACAGGCCGAGCGCCAAGCCGCACGAGGCCCCGGAGGGAGCGCCCAUUGAGAGGGAGAAGGUGCCGGAGAAGGAGGAGACAAGCAGGGGGCCCGCCCUGGCACCCCCAGCCGCAGCGCCAGGAGGGCCCAGAGAGAUUGCUCCAAAGACGCCUGUCAGUUUCCCCGAUGAAGGCGAGGCUCCGCUGUUUCCGCCCGCCAGAGCCCGCUGGGUCCGCGCCAUCAACAAAGUGAGGCUGCAGCUGCAGGAGGGCCAGGAGGAUGGCGACCCGUCCAAGUCACCGUGGUUCAAAGGAGGCCCGCCCGGAGGCCUCUACGGCAUCGACAGCAUGCCGGACCUGCGCAAGAGGAAGCCCAUCCCGCUCGUCAGCGACCUGUCGCUGGUCCAGUCCCGGAAGGCCGGAAUCACCUCUGCGAUGGCCACCCGAACAUCCCUCAAGGACGAGGAGCUGAAAUCCCACGUCUACCGGAAGACCCUGCAGGCCCUGAUCUACCCCAUCUCCUGCACCACGCCCCACAACUUCGAGGUCUGGACGGCCACCACCCCCACCUACUGCUAUGAGUGCGAGGGGCUGCUCUGGGGCAUCGCCCGGCAAGGCAUGCGCUGCACCGAGUGCGGGGUCAAGUGCCACGAGAAGUGCCAGGACCUGCUCAACGCAGACUGCCUACAGAGAGCGGCCGAGAAGAGCUCGAAGCACGGGGCGGAGGACCGCACCCAGAACAUCAUCAUGGCCAUGAAGGACCGCAUGAAGAUCCGGGAGAGGAACAAGCCGGAGAUCUUUGACCUGAUCCGGGACGUCUUCAGCGAGAGCAAGGCCACUCACGCCCAGCAGAUGAAGACGGUCAAGCAGAGCGUCCUGGACGGCACCUCCAAGUGGUCGGCCAAGAUCACCAUCACCGUGGUCUGUGCACAGGGCUUGCAGGCCAAAGACAAGACGGGCUCCAGCGACCCCUACGUGACGGUGCAGGUGGGCAAGACCAAGAAGAGGACCAAGACCAUCUUCGGGAACCUGAACCCCAUUUGGGACGAGAAGUUCCACUUCGAGUGCCACAACUCCUCCGACCGCAUCAAGGUCCGUGUCUGGGACGAGGACGACGACAUCAAGUCCCGGGUGAAGCAGCGGCUGAAGCGCGAGUCGGACGACUUCCUGGGGCAGACCAUCAUCGAGGUGCGCACGCUGAGCGGAGAGAUGGACGUCUGGUACAACCUGGAGAAACGGACGGACAAGUCUGCCGUGUCGGGGGCCAUCCGGCUGCAGAUCAACGUGGAGAUCAAGGGGGAGGAGAAGGUGGCGCCCUACCACGUCCAGUACACCUGCCUCCACGAGAACCUCUUCCACCACCUGACGGACGUCCAGGGCAGCGGCGUGGUGAGGAUCCCGGAGGCCAAGGGGGACGACGCCUGGAAGGUCUACUUUGACGAAACGGGGCAGGAGAUCGUGGACGAGUUCGCCAUGCGCUACGGCAUCGAGUCCAUCUACCAGGCCAUGACGCACUUUGCGUGCCUCUCCUCCAAGUACAUGUGCCCGGGGGUCCCGGCCGUGAUGAGCACCUUGCUGGCCAACAUCAACGCCUACUACGCCCACACCUCCGCCUCCACCAACGUCUCCGCCUCCGACCGCUUCUCUGCUUCCAACUUCGGGAAAGAGCGUUUUGUGAAGCUCCUGGACCAGCUCCACAACUCCCUCCGGAUCGACCUCUCCAUGUACCGGAACAACUUCCCGGCCAGCAGCAAGGAGCGCCUGCAGGACCUGAAGUCGACGGUGGACCUCCUGACCAGCAUCACCUUCUUCCGGAUGAAGGUGCAGGAGCUGCAGAGCCCCCCUCGGGCCGGCCAGGUGGUCAAGGACUGCGUCAAGGCGUGCCUCAACUCCACCUACGAAUACAUCUUCAACAACUGCCAGGAACUCUACAGCCGCGAAUACCAGGCCGACCCCAACAAAGCCGCGGAGGAGGAGGCAGCGGCGGCGGAGGAGCAGGGCCCCAGCAUCCAGAACCUGGACUUCUGGCCCAAACUCAUCACCCUCAUCGUCUCCAUCAUCGAGGAGGACAAGAACUCCUACGCCCCCGUCCUCAACCAGUUCCCGCAGGAACUUGCGGUUGGGAAGAUCAGUGCGGAGGUGAUGUGGAACCUCUUUGCUCAGGACAUGAAGUACGCCAUGGAAGAACACGAGCGGCACCGGUUGUGCAAGAGCGCCGACUACAUGAACCUGCACUUCAAGGUGAAAUGGCUCUACAACGAAUAUGUCUGCAGCCUCCCGGCCUCCAAGGGGAUCGUGCCCGACUACCCCGCGUGGUUUGAGCAGUUUGUGAUGCAGUGGCUGGAGGAGAACGAGGAGGUCUCCAUGGAGUUCAUGCACGGCGCCCUGGAGAGGGACAAGAAGGACGGGUUCCAGCAGACGUCGGAGCACGCGCUCUUCUCCUGCUCGGUGGUGGACGUCUUCACGCAGCUCAACCAGAGCUUUGAGAUCAUCAAGAAGCUGGAGUGCCCCGACCCGGCCAUCGUGGCCCAUUACAUGCGCCGCUUCGCCAAGACCAUCGGGAAGGUGCUCAUGCAGUACGCGGAGAUCGUCAGCCGGGGCUUCCAGGCCUUCUGCGCCAAGGAGAAAGUGCCCUGCAUCCUGAUGAACAACAUCCAGCAGCUGAGGGUCCAGCUGGAGAAGAUGUUUGAGGCCAUGGGCGCCAAGGAGCUGGAUCCGGAGGCCAGCGACUCCCUGAAGGAGCUCCAGGUGAAGCUCAACAACGUCCUGGACGAGCUCAGCGCCGUCUUUGGCAACAGCUUCCAGGCACGGAUCGACGACUGCGUCAAGCAGAUGUCCGACAUCCUCUGCCAGGUGAAGGGGGCCGGGAAUGCCCCCCCAAACGUGGUGGCCCAAGACGCCGACAACGUCCUCCGGCCCCUCAUGGACUUCCUGGACGGAAAGCUCACCAUGAAGAAGUCCCACCGCUUUUGGGUGAUGGUGGUGGUUCUCAUCUGCGUCGUCAUCUACGCCAGCUUUGUCACUCGGCACCAUUCGGAGCCUCCGCCACCCCAUCGGGACAAAGCCGUCAUCCUCAACAAUGGCUCCACAACGAUCCGCCUCGACGGGAGUGUCUACGAGGACUUCUUCCCGCAGCUCCAGCACUACCAGUGCCAUGAGCUGGUCUCCCAGGAGGACCUGUGCCAGAAGGACCUCUCCCCAAAGGGCCCUCCACUGCUCCUCCUGGCCAUCAAGUCCCACCCGGCCUCCCACCAUCGGAGGUCCAUCCUACGCCGUACCUGGGCCCAACCGAGAGAGACGGGGGGCUUCCAAUUGAGGCACGUCUUCCUCAUGGCCACGGACCCCCACACUAAACACUCCAACUUGGCGUGGGAGGAGAGCAAAGGCAUCGGAGACAUCCUGAUGUGGGAUUUUGCGGAGUCGCACCACAACCUGGCUCUCAAAGAGCGGUGCUUCCUGCAGUGGGCGCAAAGGCACUGCCAGCAAGCGGCCUUCGUCUUCAAAGUUUCCGUGGAUCCCUCGAUGCUUUGGGGGGGGGGGUUGUGGUGCAUGCAGGGGGGGCAUCCCCCUCCCCUUCCUCUUCUCCGCGUAACCUUUCCCACUUGUCUGUCUCUCUUUCUGUUCUGCUCCAAGGGGACACAGCUGAUUUUCAGCGCGGCCAAAGAACUGGGACACUUGUCGAAGCUGAAGGACCAUAUGGUCAAGGAGGAGACGCGGAGCCUGACCCCCAAGCAGUGCGCGGUGCUAGAGCUGGCUCUCGACACCAUCAAGCAAUACUUCCACGCCGGGGGGAACGGCCUGAAGAAGACCUUCCUGGAGAAGAGCUCCGACCUGCAGUCGCUGCGCUACGCCCUCUCCCUCUACACCCAGACCACCGACACCCUCAUCAAGACCUUCGUCCAGACCCAGACGGCACAAGGCUCCGGCGUGGACGACCCCGUGGGUGAAGUGUCCAUCCAGAUUGACCUGUACACGCACCCGGGCUCCGGGGAGCACAAGGUGACGGUGAAAGUCGUGGCCGCCAACGACCUCAAGUGGCAAACGUCCGGCAUGUUCCGCCCCUUUGUGGAGAUCACCAUGAUCGGGCCGCACCAGAGCGACAAGAAGCGGAAGUUCACCACCAAGUCCAAGAGCAACAGCUGGUCCCCAAAGUACAACGAGACUUUCCACUUCCUCCUGGGCAACGAGGACGGGCCGGACGCCUACGAGCUGCAGGUGUGCGUGAAGGACUACUGCUUUGCCCGGGAGGACCGUGUGCUGGGGCUGGCGGUCAUGCAGCUGCGGGACGUGGCGGACAAGGGCAGCUGCGCCUGCUGGUGCCCGCUGGGGCGGCGCGUCCACAUGGACGACACGGGGCUGACCGUCCUGCGCAUCCUCUCCCAGAGGACCAACGACGAGGUGGCCCGGGAGUUCGUCAAGCUCAAGUCCGAGUCCCGCUCCGCCGAGGAGGGCAGCUGAUCCAUGUGCGGCGGCGGUGGCGCUUGCGCCCUGUGCGGUGACGCCUGCGAGGUGUGCGCAGUUGGACCUCCAAAGCUUCAGCGGGCAGAGCGUUGCAGCCCAAAUAAGUCCGGCGGUCAGUUGCGCAGAGGAGCUGCUGCGGCGACAGUGGACUUGGGACGUAUUUCGCGAAUGUUGAGCAGGAACAGAACGGGAAGGGUUCUAGUUGGGGGUGGAGACAGUCUCUGGGGUUGCGCUCCUGCCUUGCGUGGCCUCUCCAGAGUCGGUACCACGAGGAGGAGGAGGAGGAGGGACCCAUGAGCCAGGCGCACCUUUAAGAGGAAGGAUCUGGACACUGGGGGGAAAUGGUGGGCCUGGAGGGGAGCGGGCCUAAAUGGCGUCGUUAU